UCAAAUUUUGAAGAUUUUGGUGGAUUUCUUGUUGAAGAUAUCGAAAAAGAAAUUAAAAGAGGAAGCAAGUUGAAGUGCUUUUUAUGCAAAAAGAAAGGCGCUACUGUCGGAUGUGAAGUGAGAAUAUGCAGAAGAUCUUAUCACUAUCCAUGUGCUGUACGUGAUGAGGCAGCAGUUAUUGAAGACAAUGAUAGGGGUAUUUACAGAAUUUAUUGUAAAGCGCAUAAAAAAGAUACGGAAAAUCCAGCAUCCAAUGGAAGCUUCCACAAUAAUGAUGCUGGCAGUGGUACAGAUGAUGACAUUGUUACUGUUGAGGAGAAUAAUCGUCGUGUAGCCUUAAAUAGCAAGAAACUGCAACCAGGAUUAUCAAAAAGCGUUAAUCAGAGAACACCUGCUAUGAGAAAGAGGCUGAUCAGUUCUGACACAGAUGAAAGUGAUGACUUGCCAAUAUUUACUGGCUACUGUGUAAAAGGUUCCAAUAAAUCUCCAAAUGAUUCAAAACAGAGGAAGCUUGAAGGUGGUGAUCAAAUGCAGGACAAGGAGAGAUGCUUUCAGUCCAAUUCUUUUGCAGAAAACGAGACUGACCCUUCAAAUGAGAGCUCACCCUCCUUGCUCUGCACAUUCAGUCCUCAGAAUACUCAAAGUGGAACUCCGUUGAAAGAGACCAAUAAUACCAGGCAUGCACACCCUGAUUCUCCACUCAUUUCAGAUGAACGUGAGCCAAACGAUGCAAGCUGCAGUGAUGCAAGCACAAAUUUAGACCAACAAGAAGUCCAAGAGGAAAUUGGAGACAUACAGCAAGAAGUCGGAAUGCAGAUAAUUGAAGAGACCCCAAGUACAAGCAGAAAACUAUGUUUUACAGGACAAGCAGACACAUUCUGGAGGAAAUGCAAAGAAGCUCAGUGUGUGGAGAUGAUCUUCCAGAAAAUUCAGAAUGAUCUGAAUGUCAUUCAGCAAAAUAUAAUUAAUGGAGAUGCCACAGAUAAGGAGUAUGAGAUUGCGUGGAAUAUACUUAGGACUCUGGAUUCACUUCAUGUACUGUCAGAAUUCCAAUCUGAAAUACAUGAAAAACUGCAACGCCUUGAAGAAGAAAAAUCAACUUUAAAAAUAAAAGAGUGUCUCAUUGAAGAGUUAAGAAAGAUAGCUGGAUCACUGAAUCAUAAAUCUGACAGAGAAAACUGUCUCCCGUUCUGAAGCUGUCCUCAUUGGAAGUUGUGAGCUUUUGCACAUUAGCAGUAAGCAGUAUAUCAUCAAGUGGAGAAUGUAGACACUCUAGGCCACCCGAGUUCCAAGUAUCUUGAGGGAUUCAAGCCUGUGUGGGAUAGAUGGGAGGCACUCAAGGUAUCAUUGUGCUUAUUUUCCUGGGAACGUUGCUGAUUGGUCAAGCAACAUGCCUGAAAUUGGGGCUUUUCAAACUUGAUUUUAACAUUGGAUACUGAACGUGGUGGAUAAUGUGCUGCAUCAGUUCUUGCGAGGCCAAAGCAUCCUCUGGGCUCCAGAGGAAUUAUGGGGACAUAUUGGAUCUUCAUACCAGCUUGGCAUUUGGACUGGUUGCCAGGUAUUAUGCUCAUUCAGAGUUAGUGGGGCAUAUUGAUGGAGACCAUCAUCUUCACCAAUCAGCUGUCAAAAUAAUUCCAAUCUCCUAUAAAAUAGCAGAUUGCAAAAUCUAAGUUGUUAGUCCAACUCAUGGUAAGUACUGCAGGAGAUACUGAAAUCAGUAAUGCCAUGCUUCAAGCACAACUGCUGGCCUGACUCUAUAACCACAUUGCAGAAUUCUCAUUCUAAAUGGUUAC